AUGAAUGAGGAGGAAGGAAUUUUAGAAUAAUGUUCUAUAAUCAUUAAUAAAAAUAAAAUUUUAGAAUGGGAAACAGUAUUAUUAGAAUAUUAAUUAGAUAUUUGUGGGAUUGACGAGGAAAAGAAGUAAAACUUAUAGUCAGAGUCGAAAGUGAUAACUACGCGAACUGUAAAUUAAAUUACCAUUUAAAUCGUAUAAGCAGAUAUUGUAGAGGAAUUGGUGGAUGUAGUAGUGAAUUCCUCUCAUGAGCCAGCCUGGUCUUACAUAUCAAAACGAGAUAAUAAUAAAACACAUGACCUCCUUCAACAAAUGAGAAUUGGAGAGUUAGUGAUAACGAAUGCAGAAAAUGUCAAUUCAGUCCAAAUCUUUCAUACUCGAUUGCCAUUUUACUAAGAUGCAAAGGAUUUGUUGCAAAUAUUUAAUGUUUAUAAAGAGUGUCUAAAACAGAAAGGGCAUAAAUCCAUUUCUUUUACUGAAUAGAACACUCCGAAUUUUCAAAUACCAAAAUAGUUUCAUGCAGAAGUAUUGAUAAGAGCCAUCCUUUCAGCAAUUUAAGAAGGAGACGUAGAGUUUGAGUUGAUAAAGUUCGUGAGUUUGGAUUAAUUGACACUGAAAUACUUUGCUUAUGAAUUGAUGAAAUAAUUAGACGAAUUGAAAAUUCCUGAGUUGUUUCAAUUGAGAUAUCAACAAUUCUUGAACUUUUUAUAGAAUGGGGAAGAUGCGAAACAAGAGGUCUAUCUCUUGAGUACUGGGAUUACUACAGAAAUGGAAGGAGUUGUGGAAUAAUAAUGACUUUUUUAGUUUAUAUUAUUUAUUAUCUGAUUGUAAUAUUUUUUCUUG